CAGCUGUAGGUAAUAUACAGAUGCAGCAACGGAGCUGAAGAAGGAAGGGUGAGCUAGCGCCGACUUCUCAGCAUGACAGCAUGACCGCCAAAGCAACAUGGAGGAUCGUCUGCCCCCUGUGCCAGAUCAGAAGACGUUGGUCCUGGUGAAUACCUUCGUGGUGCACACCACUCAAUUUCUCAACCGUUUUGCUGCUCUUUCUGAGAACAAGCUGGCUGACAUCAACAGGAGAAUCCAUCGCAUCGACGCUGCGCUCGCCCUUUUAGAGGCCAAGUUGCGAAGUGCUGAGCAGCAGCUAGGUGGCAGGGCGCCCACUCCAACCAAUGAAAGGGAACCAGCUGGCAUGGUUGACGAUCGGUCCACAUUAGAGAGCGGGGCGGGCAUUGAUAGCCAGGGACACAAUGAUACCAGCCAGGCAAGGCCAGGAGGUUUCCUUUCAAUAGACCACGUGUCGUCAUCGGCGCCCUCCUUAGAAGAGUCAAGCGACAAGCAAACCAAGUUGAAGGUUAGUGAGCAUCCAGACUAUGCACGGUUUUUCAAGAUGCUUGCAGUGGGAGUGCCAAGUCAGGCUGUAGCGGUAAAGAUGCGGACUGAGGGCCUGAAUCCCGCAUUUUUAGAAACGCCAAACGAACCAUUUCCUGAUGCACCCACUUAACUAAAUAACGAAAACAAAUCGAUGUACAAAGCAAUGCGUUGGCCAAGCCAGCUCAAGAUCAGAAAGUGAGUGCCACAACAGCUCGUAUCUGUCAGUAUGAGUCGACUAGGAAGUGAAUGCCCCCCAAGUAAGAGAAAGCAAGUUGUGCACGCCGUUUACUAUCAAACAGUGUAAGUUGGCAUGCAGUCUGAUGUAACAAGAUGAUGCGCAUGCAUUUAUGAUGCGAUCUCUUUAAUCCAGCGCGCAUGAUCAUCCAG